CGGUUGCCAUGGAAAGGAUCAAUGCAUCUGUCAAAAUCUGCGACUCAGAGCUCUCUGAAGACGCCCAUCACCUACAGGAGUCUAUUAAACUUCAAACACAGAAACGAUGGAGGAAUAUCUAGCAGAGGAGGAUACAAACAGCAGCAACAAAAUGAGCUCAUCAGCAGAGAAACAGACGAGCAAAAACCUAGCCGGACCUCAUGGUGAGAGUGAGGAGAAUUUCAUAGGAGGACAAAUGGAUCCACAUCAGCGUGCCGACACUGUGGAGAGAACACACCACUGUGACCAGUGUCAGAAGAGCUUCUCUUCCUCAUCAUAUUUGAAGUGUCAUCAGCGUAUCCACACUGGAGAAAAACUGUACCUCUGUGACCAGUGUGGUAAGAGAUUCAUUCAAUCUGGACAUUUACAGAACCAUCUACGCACUCACACUGGCAAAAAACCGUACCUCUGUGACCAGUGUGGUAAGAGAUUCAUUCAAUCUGGACAUUUACAGAACCAUCUACGCACUCACACUGGCGAAAAACCGUACCUCUGUGACCAGUGUGGUAGGAGUUUCACUCAAUCUGGACAUUUAAUGGAGCAUCUGCGCACUCACACUGGAGAAAAGCCUUACACCUGUGACCAGUGUCAGAAGAGCUUCUCUUCCUCAGCAUAUUUGAAGCAUCAUCAGCAUAUCCACACUGGAGAAAAACCGUACUUCUGUGACCAGUGUGGUAGGAGUUUCACUAUGUCUGGAUAUUUAAAGAAGCAUCUGCGCACUCACACUGGAGAAAAUCCUCACACCUGUGACCAGUGUGGUAAGAGUUUCACUGUAUUUGUACAUUUAAAGGACCAUCAGCACACUUACACUGUGUAGAGAGUGCACCUGAACUGUCUGGAUCUCUUAACUGUUAAAAGAUGACACGUGAUUUGUAAAACUUGUCAUGAAAAUAUUUCAAUAAUAUUCAUAUGCAUGCAA